AGCGUUGCAGUCGAUGGCAAUCCGCGCGCGCAGGUGCUUGCUACAAUCGCUGGAAAACACCGUUUAAUUGAGCGGUUUGAUAUUGCUGAAGUCUUAAGUAAACAUGGUUUAGGCCCUUGACAGGUAAACAGUUUUCGGGAUAUUUUUUUCUCAGCACGCGUUCGAGCUGAUGCCGUAAUUAAUCAAUUACUCGCUGAAUCCGGAUUUAUGACAAAAUGCACACCGUGUUUAGGCUAGAUUUGGUGGUUUGGAAAACAUUCACGUAAUAUGAAUCAAACCAACUUUCUUAAUUAGUGAAGUGAAAUCUUGGGAUUUUCAGUACUAUAAGAAUACCUUCGAGGCAUUCACAAAGAGGACCGUAGCACAGUGUCUUCAUUUAAGACCAUGCCACCUUGGGAUACCAACGCGCACUACUAAUGAAAAUCAUAACAAUAUUCUUUGUAGUUUCUUGUCAUGAAACAUUCCCAAAAAGAAGGAAAGGAAACUUACUUAUUCAUCAUAUUCGAACAUCAUAAUUCACGAUGACAUUUCAGCACACUGUUCCGUUAGAAGCAACUGCAAAAUCGUAUCUUAUCACAACAUCGGUGGAAGAUUACUGGAGCACCUCAUAUGCAAUAUCUUCACAAUCUACUUCACUCAAUGUUGUGGCAGAAAACACAACAUAUGAGGUUCCUAAACAAGAAGUAAAAUUCUGUGAAGAAUGGGAAGCGGCUCAACACAACUUGUUUCAGACGGCUAAUAUUUUUUUCGCAGCAGCGUUUCUUGUCCCUAGAAACUUUAGGCAGAGCUUGCUGCUUCUCAGGUCACUGCUCAGCGUCGGCUUCGUCUUGUCUACGCUUUGGGCAGGCAUCCACGUUUGCGCGCCUGAUGCUUUCGCUUGGAAUGUGGUGCUGGUGUUUCUGAACACUGCUCACACGUUGAUCCUCACGUGCAGAAUACUGCCGCCGCCACUUUCCAUAGAGCUGACCGAGCUCUACUUGAAGGUGUUCAGGCCCCUGCGAGUGAGCAAGAAGCACUUCAAGGAACUGUCGAAAGAGGGCGUGAUGAUGAACCUGGAGUCAGGCGGCACUUACGCUUUGCAAGACGUCACUCCAGCAGACGAGAAACUGUCAAUUCUUCUGAAGGGCAAGCUGAAGGUGACGUGCGACAGUAUGUUGUUGCACUACAUCUAUCCGCACCAGUUCAUAGACUCUCCAGAGUGGGAAGCAAACUUCGAAAACAGCCAUAAUGUAUUCCAGGUGACAAUUACUGCCGAAGAAGACUGUCUCUAUAUCUGCUGGUCAAGAGCAAAGUUGGAACGUGUAUUUAGACACAGACAUCUCCUCAAGGUUGUUUUUUCCAAUAUUAUAGGAAAGGACAUCACGUACAAGUUGUACUCUUUAAAUGAACAAGUGCAUGCCGAUGGGCUGGAGACAAACACACGUAAUUGUGACCACUGGAAGGCUAUGAACCGCAGUUUGAGCUUGGACGAGGUGCACACAGGACCUCGAGGACAUGUCCACUCCAUAGAGUGGAGGGAUCAACAACAGAAGAGGACUUCGGCAGCACUUGCCAGUGGAUUGUCCCCAAGUUUUAAUAAGCAGUCAUUUUGGGUGCCUAUGGUUGCGAAACAGUUUCCUGCAACCUCGCCUUUCUCUUCAUAUACUCGCACAACAAACACUGGAGCGUUUGUACCGACCACUCCACAACUUCAGCCGCCAUCUUCAUUGGUUCCUGUCACCGCUUUGCCUCUUGGAGUGCCUAGUUUCACAGCGCCUGUUUCGCCAUCGAGAAACAAUUCCAACCCCCGCACGGAGGCUGCUUUCCGUUCAUCAGACACGAAAGAGAUUAAGUUCGAGACGCCUGUCUGACAUCGGGCUUAUUUCAACAAUUCGCUACAGAUGCCACAAUAGCAUCUGAUCAUAGUGAAGUUUUUAUAGCUUUAAUAAUGAUGGUGAAGUUGGCAGUUUUGAGUGUUAAGUGUCUACGAUAAAAAAGUUUGACAAAUUCUGUAAGACAUGUUUGGCAGAAAAGAUACACUUUUAUAAAUUGACUGUAAAAAAUGUGGAACACAUUAUUUGAAAACAUUAAUUCAAAUUUUAUGCAGUAGGGACAAUGACUUUUCUGCUGGUACAAAAAUUUCUCUCAUAAAAUUAUUUUUUGUAUUAAGGUAAUAAAAUUUGUAAAAAAUUUCUAAACAACUUUAAAAUUCUAGUCAAUUAUCUUGAAAUUAAUCGAAGAGUGUAAAUGAAUCCAUAACUUAUAUUUAACGAACUAUGCUAAGAUUUUUUAUGUGUAUUAAAUAAAUAAGCAUCUACAAGUUUCAGAUGUUUGUGCAUUU